CACAUGUCUUUGGUUCUAAGUGCUCCAUGAUGCAUGGGUUGCUCUAGGAAGCCUCCUUUGCCCUGUUGUUAACAUAAAUCAUCACCCAGCUCUUAGAACCGUAUUUCCCGUCAUUAUGGUCUCCACUGGAGUCGUCUCGGUUACCAAAAGCAAAUGGAUCUGGCAGCGUAUCCCGGCAGGACUGUUUCAGACCAGGGUGGAAGGAACUAAUUCAAAGCUAAAGGGCCCUCACAGAGAAAGCUCCAGCAGCUGCUCCAUCUCUCUGAUGGGAGUGCCCUGCUCUGACUGCAUCUGUGGCGGUAGGACCUGGGGAGAAGGACAGUUGUUGGAGCAUGUCCAGCACAGGCAGGAAGUCCACGUGGUGCUGGGGAAUGAAUCCUGCGAUCUGGACUCCAUGGUGUCGGCGCUUGCCCUGGCUUAUUACUUGGCAAAGACCUCUCUGGAGUCCAAGGCAGCAUUCGUCCCGGUGCUGAACAUCUCCCGCUCGGAGUUCCCCCUGCGUACAGAGAGCACCUUCCUCCUGCAGGAGCAGCAGAUCCCCGACAGCUGCCUGAUCUUCCGGGAUGAGAUCGACUUGCAUGCGCUGCACCAGGCUGGCCUCCUCUCCUUGACGCUGGUUGACCACCACAUCCUGCCGAGCGGAGACGCAGCCCUAGAGGAGGCCGUGAUCGAGGUGAUCGACCAUCGGCCCCUGGAGAGUGAGCCUCGGUGUAGAGUCACCGCGGAGCUGGUGGGCUCCUGUGCCACGCUGGUGACGGAGAGGAUUGUGCAGGGCCCAGCGGAGCUGUUGGACAGACAGACGGCUGCCCUGCUACGUGGUGCAAUACUUCUGGAUUGUGUCAAUAUGACUCCGGAAGCUGGGAAAGUGACUCCCAAAGACACUCAGUACAUGGCCCUGUUGGAAUCUAAGUUCCCAGAUCUCCCGGCGAGGAGCGUCCUGUUUGAGGCUCUGCAGACAGCCAAGUUCGAUGUGUCAGGGCUCACUACGGACCAGAUGCUGCGGAAGGACCUUAAGGCGCUGUCGAGUGAUGGGCUCAUUCUGGCCAUCAGUGCUGUGUAUGUGACGCUAGAGGCCUUCCUGCAGCGGCCUGGCUUGCAGCAGGACCUGUGUACCUUCUGCCAACGGUAUGGCUACGGCGGGUUGGUAGCCAUGACAAUAUCCUUCAACGAGCGGAACGAGCCAUUCCGGCAGCUCGCGGUGUACAGCCAGCAUGCGGCAGUGCGCACAGCGGUAUGUGGCAUUCUGGAGCGUGCUAAUAACCCGCCCCUGGACCUCUCCCCUCUGGGGAGCCUCUACCCCAACCUCUGUGCCUACCACCAAGGCAACACAGUUGCAUCGCGUAAGAAAGUCCUCCCGAUCCUUAAAGACUUCCUAAGGGAGUGGGGCACAGUGGCUGGCACCAUGCAUCCCGCAGACAAAGAUUCCUGUGGCAUGACGAGACCAGAGCCAAAAGACUCCUCUGCCGGGUGCGGCGAAAGCGACGAGAACCCGGAGGACUCGGAUGUAGCUGGCGAAGCGGGUGCCCUGGAGUACGAGCCAAGGGUCAGGAGAGAUCCAGGCAGGUGCCCGAGGCAUGGGGAUGCCCUGCUGGAGGACGAUGCCCCGUUGCCUCCCACCCCCAUGAACAGCCUGGUGGAUGAGUGCCCUCUGGACAGGGGGCUGCCCAAGCUGUCGGUGGAGGCGAUCUUCGAGAAGUUCAGCCACAUCACAGUGGUGCGCCCCUCUGCCAGCAGCAGCCCUGAAAAGAAAUGACACCGGGGCUGGUGCCCGCUUGGGUUUCAGGGAAGCGAUUGCAAUCCUGGUGCUCUGGGCUUAGAUGCGUGGCCUCUUUCUGUGUGUGGAUGAAACGCAUCUGUCUGUCUCGCGGGGAUGUGGACCCUGGCCUCUGCAAUAAAAGCCAGACACGGGCACUUUUGUCAGCGAUGCUCCGGAGCCGACUUCCGGCCAGCUCCUUCUCCAGCGGGGAAUUUCAUGGGAAAGCCAAACCAAAAACCCCAGCAGAGUGGCACCCCCUCUCAAUGCAAAGUGCAGCUGCACUUUAGAGGCACCGAGGGGUUUGAUCCUGGCCGGACUGUGCCCACAAGUACCACCACCACAUUCUCUGUUACAGUGAUUUCUUUCAACCCUGCCCUGGCGCAGCCACAGCUGCCUCGUGCGUCACCAUGCCCUAGGUCAUGAGCGGUUGCGCUGUGUUAUGCGGAAGAACGCCCAGGUCCAGCAGCCCCUGAGUCCCAUUCUAUGUUGUGUCCCCUUCCUAUGUGCAAAGGCUUACCCCUCGCAUCAUGGGAGGAGAGAUCUCGGCUCCACUCUCAUUGAACCCUGUGUGGAUUUGGCAGCGUCACUUCCAUCCAGAAUCCCCCGUCGGGGAACAGCAAUAAAGGAGAGGAGCUUCUCUCCCGUCUCCUCUCCUCCCGGCCCAUGUGACGCAGUCGGCCAUCUUGCCUCCUGUGAGCCAUUGGGUCUGCCAUGUACCUGCCUGCCUGGGCAGCACCAUGCAUAAAGGAAAACUCUUCCUUCCCAACAUCCACAUUAUCUGUGGUCAUCAUUGUCCAGUCCCUUUGAAACCCUGGCUGGGUAGCUUUGGAAACUGGCCCCCGGGUCAGUGAAUUCCAGCCGGCUGUCCUGGGAUUGUGUGAAGGGGUUUCUAGUGAUUGGUUCCUAAAGUUCUGCCCUGGAAAGCAACCAUGAAAUGGAGCUGAGCCCAGGGCCAGGACAAAUUGGUUUGAGGUCCUGUUAGCAAACCGGGGCCAGCCCGGCUCUGCGGGGAGGGGGCUGGGGUCUCUCCUCGUUAGCCCCAUGGGAACAGCCCGGCUCUGUGGGGAGGAGACUGGGGUUUAUUCCUCCUUGUGCAUCAUCUAUGGAAUCAUUACUAAUUUCCAGUUACAGGUUUUAUGGGGCAUUUUUGUUGUCGUCCCCCACGCCUGCCUGGUGCACAAGAAGGAAGGAGCCUGGCUUGACUUUUGGAGCCCUAGCUGAGUUUGCAGGGCUCGCAAUGAGGAAAUCCCUCCUCAGUGCUCGUGAAUUGGGCGUGUUUGCUUCUGAGUCACUGAGAGGGAAUAACCACAAAAUCCCAGCCUGUCUUUACUGUCCUACUGGAGAGCUGAGCUACCCAUCCCCUGGCACAGUCCGUCCUGCGGGUGGGGAAAUGGAUGGUACAGAAUGCCCCAAUGCAUCUGUCCCUUCUCCCAAGGGGACUGGCAGGGUGUCCCUGUGACCCACAGCUUGAAUCAUUUUUACUGUCUUUGUUUAAUGCCAUUUUGAUUGGUAAAGCCAGUUGUGUUAAUGCUACUGCUCACCUUUCUGGGGGCAUGUUUGGUACCGUGACACGCACCUUGCAUAGUUUCCCUUUGAAAGUAGCCGUUAAUGAGGUACUUUUCAGGUGGCGACUAUUCAUUAAACUAUCAAAGGGGAGACACUAUCAGCUUGCCCUUAACUCAGCUUCUUUUGGUGUGGGCUCAUUUGAUUUCAGGCGCGGUUUCAUGUCUACAAUUCUGUGGGCUGGCAAUUCAGAGUGCUUGAGGCUUGUCUACAUGGGAAAUUUGCACCAGUUCAAGUUAAAUCGGUGCAAACCCCUCCGUGGGCUCUGAGGGGGGAGGGGCUUAUUUCAGUUUAAUUUAAGCCAGUUCCCAAUUGGCUUCAGUUAAACAAAAUCAGUCACUCGUAACGGAAAUCAGUUUCCAUGCGGAUUAAAGCCGUAUAUUUAUUUAAAUUCAUAUCAUGGAUUUAUGCCAGUGCAAAUGUCCCAUGUAGCCACGACCUUAAAUGAUUUAUGCUUGCCACCUAGUAGCUUCCGUUGUUCAGAGGGAUGGGUAUGAGAUUCCCCUUGUCCUCAGAUGGUAGCGGGUGGGAGGUGAGCUCUUUAGUUAAUCUGGCCCCAAGGAACAUGUGAUCCCAUUUUAUUUAGGUAGCUACAUAGGAACUGAGCUCUCCAGCAAACUUGGCCCCGUGGCCCUGACUCUUGUCUGCAAAUAGGAGUUCAAGCAGCAAAUUGACCUAAAUUGCAGGUUGGUACGAUUGGGCCUGCAAAAACCAGAAAAUCUGGCCUCGAAAUCUUUUCCAGGCUCCGUUCCUUGGAAAUGGCCCUUGUCUGCCGCCCUGCUGGUGCUUUCGUUGUUAAGGACAGACUUCCACCUGGAGUGGUGGUUCUGGUGCACCUGGCACCCAGGAACUGGCUUUCUACAGAAUUGUCAUUCUGGGCUCUCCUGUGAUAACCGUAAUGGCCUGUGCCUCCUAGAAAGACCUCAGGUACUGACACUGCAAGUUAGCAAGUAACUGCGUGUGCCCCCAAGCCGGGUCCACUCUGUGGGGCACUUGCAUGAAGGGGAAAAAACUCCCUGACCCCAUAGUCUGACCCCCCCAUGUAACCCCAUUGUCUGUGGUGGCUGUGAAUAAGCCUCGGGUGCUAGAAACCCCAGGCGUGUUCCUCAGUGCAUCAUGAAUUCCCCUCCUCCCUUUCGUCUUGUGAAUCAUCUAACCACGGUACGUCUCUAUGGUACGUGCCUCCUAGAGAGACCCCCUUGUGGCAGAGCCCUGAGCCUCCUGCACUACAGUCUGUGUCUGGCCAUACGCCCCACAACCAAAGGGUAUGAGAGCUGCACUGACGGAUGACGUCGAUACCGGGAAAUGAAUGCUGUGUCUGAAUCCCUCUCGAUUUAGUAGCUGUAAUGUGGUCUGUCUACGAAAGCAACAUGCAUCCUUAUUCAUGGAGAACAUCUCGAGAGGUUCAGGCUCCGAGGCUGUCAGUCCUGCACCGUGCACCAGGAGUAAGACAGAAUCAUGUAUGCAGGGUGUGAUCUCCCUCUUUAUGUGUAUUGUAGUGGCACGCAGGAGCCCCAGUCACAGACCAAGACCCCAUGGUGCUAGCCGCCGUACAAACACAGAACACACAAUCUGUGCCCUAAAGAGCAGGGAAGCAGAAAGACCCUGGAGGGUUUAAUGAAAGCUUUAGUAUCUGCCUGGUAGAGUUGGGGGUGACACUACAUAGCCCUUUUUGAAGUAAUCUUUGCAACACCCCCCUGGGUGAGUGUGGUCAUUAUACCUGCUGUGCAGCUGGGGGAAACUGAGGCACAGCAGGGGACAUGUCCUACCAUCAGCGAGUUGGUGUCCACUGGGGUAUGAUUUCCAGAGCUCCCAGCUCAGGCUGCCCCACAUGGUAAUCAAAGGAGCCAGGAUACGUUUGCGAUCUGUGGGACAAAGAAAAUCUGCUUUGGGGUGAGGGGUUGGGGAAGAGAGAUAUUGAACUUGUGGGGAAUGGGGUAGGAAAACUCUCAGUUCUAUCAGAGCUGGGGUUUAAUUCACCCUUGUGCAGGGAUAGGGAAGCAGCACAAAGCUUAAUGCAUCACAUAAGCCAGCAAAAUUGGCCUCCAUGCCCUGAUUUAGGAAAGCAUCCCUAUUUGGGAAGGAUGCUUAAAGUUAAACACCUGCUUAAGUUCUUUCCUGAGUCGGGGUUGGAUAGGUCUUGGGCGGGGGGGGUGUCAAUUUCACUCUGGAUGCAGGCUCCUGUUAAACUGGGUAUCAGCUGAAGUAAUAUACAGUAUGUAAUAAAGGCAAAAUAAGAUGAUAAGCAGAUUUAUUUCAAUGGAGGGGACCGAGGCACAGUGAAGAGAAUGCGGUUUGAUUUUUCAUCCGGUGUAGCAUUGUGUAAAUCGCAUUUUAGCAAGAGAACCAAUGAGAACCUCAGUUGUCACAGUGGGUCCGUAAGCCUUUCUGUUCCCUUCUCGGCAAGCCCAUCUGCAGCGGGGUGAGCAGCUGUUCUUGGCUGGCAGGGUUUCCGAUGGUAACGUUUUGUUAGUCUUUUUUUUUUUUUUUAAAUGAUUUGAUACGGUAAUUUCCCUUCCAACACUUUUAGGGUGUUGUGUUUUUUACUUAGGCCGCAGACCUACUAAAAUGUGCUACGUUUCAAAGUUUAUUUCAGAAUUGUUGUAUGAAAAAAGAGAAAUAUUACGUAACCAAAGUUUUUUGUUUUUGUAAUUCUGAUGAUCUUGCAUUUUAAAGAUUAAAUUUGUGUGCUUUCCUG